CAACGCCAUGUUUUUUUGAGCACGUGAUCGCUCGCCGGCCGUUUUCAAACUGGCGUUGCUGGUGUCUGUGUUGGCGUCGUUGUUCUCGCUGUGUCUAUACGGACACGGUGCAAAAAUGUUCGUGUGUAGGUGACUGCAGUGGCUUCACUUCUUGAAGUAUCCUGCUUUUGCGGAGAGAAGUCACCAUGGGUGACACACGGGAUCGUCAGUACAGAGCGACGAGGCUGUGGAAUAGCGUCAUCAGGUCCUUUCGGGAUGGCAUGCCCAAGGGCAAACACAGGCGGCACAUGAGGACUUUUGACAACUGCUUCGUAGCGAGCGAUGCGAUUUCGUGGCUUCAUGAACACUUGCAGGGUGACCCCAACUUUGGACCCGCCGUUACCAGGCACCAGACGAUGCAACUCCUGCAGAAGUUCUUGGAAAACAGGAUUAUAGAGGCUGUGAAGAGUGGCAAACCCAGAGUCAUUCAAGACGACAAGCAACUGUACAGGUUCACUGUCUACUCCCCUGCCAAGACCCCACCUUCUUCGAAGUUCCCGACAAAAGUUGGUAGCGGCCGAACGCCACUGUUGGCUCGAGAAAACCAGGCAAACUUCCCUCCCGAGGCUCACCGUGUGUCGGCGAAAGCUCUAGUGUUCUUGUUUGGAGCCAAGCCAGACACCAACAGGCCGCUAGCUGCCGAAGUCGUCAAGGACCCUUCUGAAGGCUCGACCGAACAAGAUGCUGGUCUAGUGACUCGUGAAGAAAUUCAAGGCAUCUGGGAAUCGGUGGUUGUGGCAAGGCUAAGAUGCCUCAUUGGAGAGGAAGCCACAGAUGGAUGCUUGAACGGUUUUCGCAUUUCCGGAACAGUUAUACUGCACAACAUGUAUCGGCUGAGCCGGAAUGGCGUCGUCAUUCUUCUCGACAAGUCUGAUGACCUGCCAAAAUGGAUAAUCAAUGCAAUGAAGUGCCUAAUCCACUGGCCUCGGGCGUCGGGGGCAGGAAGCUGCCUGCCCAAUUACCCAGGUUUUGAACUGGAUGUACUGAAGGUGGUCAGCGAGUUCUUCGGUGACCUCGGAACUGCUUUUGUCCCCCAUCCUAUUUUGAGGCUGUUCUACCACGCUUUUGGUCCACUUGCAGAAGGCUGCAAGGUCUCGGAGGAGCCACCAACCCCAGAUGCAUCAGUUGAAAACCUUCUCCACAGCAUGUCGAUCUUGGCACAGCCAGUUGAAGCAACGGCAAAGGCUCAGCAGACUGUUAGGCGAGGUCUUCAACCGUCGCUUUCCGGCCGACAUUUGGUUUAUCGCACCGCCUUCGAAUCGGCAGAGCCUGUGACAAUGCUUGUCGAGUCACAGGGCUCGGUCGGCUCGGUCUGCUCGGUGGAGCGUGCAUUUGCAUUGAGUGCUGAGACGGCCAGCACCAUCAGCUCGUGCAGCGGUGGCUUUGGGCGACCUUUGUCCCCGACCUACAGUGAUAUUUACAACGAUAUCUACAACCAAGCCUGUGGCGUUGGUGUCACUGGCUUCAGCGGCGGCUUUGACUCUGAUAAGAGACCCAUAGGAAAACAAGAGGUGCCGCGAAGCUCGUCUGUCGAGAAUCUGAGAGAUGCAAGGCACUUCGCUCACCCAACAGCGUUGGCACCCAAGGAGGCGUUCGUGCGGAGCACGGCGUCGUUGAACGUCGACGGGUUCUUGACGUUGAGGCAAAUCAAAAGGGAACAGGAAGCGAAAAGAGGCAACAUCCAAGUGGGGGAAGGGUAUGUGAACCUUGGCUACGGGUCUAGCGGCAGCUUGAGCAAUGACUGGCAAAUGGCGCUGCAGCGUUCUGCCGGGAGUGUAUCAUACACGACGGCGCCGACUCAGAUCAGUGUGGCGUCGUCUCGAGACAGCAGUUUCGCGUCCGCGAGUGACAGUGUGAUGUGCCUGCGUUAUGCUAGAUCGAAUCCUAGUUGCGAGACCUUGCCAGUCCUGGCGCACUCCACUCCGGCGGAGACGGGAAAGACUGCGGGGCCCUUCUAUGCGAGCAUCUCUUCAUUGAAACCCAGGGAAAGCGCCGAAGACCUGCGGCGGGCAGUGAAGGUGAUGCAGGUGGCAUCGCUUCUGCUUCCGCCCUGCAGACGGCGCUACCUGCACCUGCUCCUGCGUUUCAUUUACAAGACUUCGAGGAAUGAAGUGCUUACCCUGAGCCCCCACCAUAGCAACAUGAGUGUGUUGCUGAACACCUUUGCGUGCAUUCUGAUGAGCACCAACGGCAGCUGUUUGGACGCCACUCCCGACACAGCCCAGGAACUGCUCGCUUUCCUCGUAAAGCAUUGUGACCGGAUAUUUGCUCCCCCACGUGAACUGCACCUGGAGGUGGAAGCGCGGCUCACCAUUCUGCGAAGGGAACGGGGCGACGGGAUGGUCACCUACUGCCAGCGGGUGACACGCGAGCAGUUCGAGGUGCAGAGGCAUACACACUCCGAGCAGGCUCUGAUGGACCUCUUCGACGACAUCCUCCGCGACCCCAGGAUAUCGGACAAGGAACGUAGCACAAGGAUGAAGCAGUUCCGACAAAAUUACCCCGACAUCUACAACAAGAAGACUUGUGACGAGACUGUUCCAGUGACUUUCAAGAGGAACAGCCGUUCUAGAGCCACUGUGAUUGGUUUGCUAAGGAGUCUGAGAUUGUGAUUUGGCUUGAGAUUUUUGUGUCCCUGUACUUCUGACCCAAGAAUAUGAUCUGAGCUGAUAAUCAGCUGUUUGAACAAUUAGCUGCUUGACACAAGGGAAUGGCGCUUUUCUUUUUUACUGCAUUUGCUGCUGUUGUACUUGCUUUGCCAUAUGUAGUUAUAGACGUGCACCUUACAUUUUGUUUUAUAGAUUCAUCAGGUUAAAUGUUGCAUGGCAGCAAGGACCAGUGUCUACAAAAAGCUGGCUGGGAACAUAUGGAGCUGUUGCGUUGCAGAAUUCAGCUCAGUUUUGAUUACCUUUACCUGUUUUCGUUUUGUAUUAUAGGAAAAGUGUCCAUAUUCCGUCUUGCAAGUCGUUUGCAGUACUGCUGAAAAUAUGAGGCGUACGCAGGCAAUACACUUGUGAGGUAGAGUAUAGAUCACGAUAGUUUGUGAUUGUUUCAUUCUCUGUAAAUUGUGUGCAAAACUAUGUAGAAUUGACAUGUAAAUAACAUUAAUGCUGUGCAACUGCAACAAAAACAGGGAUUCAUAUUUGCAUCCCCUUUUUAGCGGGUUUCUCACAUCUGUAGAGAACAGACUCGGGAGAAAUUAAAAUGUGAGCAGGAACAAACGGCUGUUACGCGUAAUUACAUGGAAGUAUGAUGUGUAUAGUCAAUGACUGAUUACUCGGACACUAACAUUUCAGACAUGCUUGUUUAUUCAGACAGCCCUGAGGUAUCGUCACUAGCCUUAUAGGCUUAAUGUGUAAGGAUGACUGAAAUUUGGGCACCUUACAAUGUGUCGUGCGAUAAUUCAAACUUCAACUGCACCACCUCGUGCAAAUUUGACCACCAUGCCAAGCAGAAAUAGCUGUGUUGUAGUUUCGAAACGUCGCCGGUGCUUCGUGAAACUUAGCACUUCUACACUUAGCACUUAGCAACACUUAGCAACACAUCAAUGUACACUUAGCAAAACAUAUUUACGAACUUGGGCCAUAUUUGUGAACAAUCACUUUCAAAAGAUCCUUUCAUUUCACCUGACUAGCACCAGGCGCUUCGACAGCCGGCACUGUUUCCACACAGUGAUACGAUAGCGUGCUUGGAAUUAUGCCAAAAACAUCUUGUGCUGUAGUCACGCGAAAUUGAAGGUAUCUCCGAAAGUGACAAUCUGAUUGACCACUUGUGGAAUCAAGUUACUUAUUUUUGGGUGAAUCCGCUAUUUUGGAUUCCCAAUUAUUCGGACGUUUUGGCAGUCCCUGUUGAGUCCAAAUUAUCGGUCGGCGUCUGUAAUCGCUCUAUAGCCAAUUACUAAGCAUAAAGUAGUCCCUAAUGUACCUUUUGGAGUUGAAGUAAGCCAUUGUUUCGAAUAUAGGUGAACCCGGAAAUGAAACAAUGCAUCAGAGUAGUUUCUCGAUUGUUGGCAUUUGAAUUUAGGUCACUAGUAUGUACAGUGAAUAUCUGCCUGUCGAGGGCUUACUGUCCUAUGCUUUGCUUUAUUUAUUGCUCUCGCAUUAACUUAUGCAUAGUGCAAGCCAUGCUUAAGGAACAUGUGAUUCACAGCCAGCCAAAACAAACUUCACAUUUCAUCUGGUUUCUUUGUCAUAACUGGCCACCAUUACAUGCUAACGUCAGUAAAGAAAAGCUUCAUGUCUCACUGCCAGAGUAGUAAUUGAGUGUUCGCACUGGAUGAUACAUUUUCUGUACAUUUUGACACAUUGGAUUUGAAGCUGGGCCUGAUUGGCUCAGGACACCACAGGUACAACCCGCAGGCUGACAACAAGGAAAGUACAAAACAGCCAAGGACAUUCCUCGACCAGCAUUGUCUUUGUGUGCUUCUACCAUUAUGGAAUGCUGGAGGACUGUGUUGAACAAUUUUCCUUGCUUGUUUCUGCAGUGUGGAAUGCUGUAGCAUUGUCCUUAUCUUCUCUUUUGCUGCCAUGGAAUACUGGAGGACAAUUGUGUACCAGCAUUGUCCUUGUGUGCUUUUGCCGUAAUGGAAUUUUAGAGGACAUUGCUUAGCCAACAUUGCCCUUGUUUGCUUCUGCAGUAUAACAUGCUGGAGGACAAUUCUGGGCCAGCAUUGACCUUGUCAUCUUUUACUGGUAUGGAAUGCUAGAGGACAAUGGUUCACCAGUGUUGUCCUCCUCUACUUCAUGCAUAUUUUGUUUAGUAUCUGCUUGUCACACAUGUAAAGACACUUAGGGUAGCAUGAACUAUGAUCUUUGUAUUUGAAACCACAGUAUUGCUGCUAUUUUAUGUACCUCUAUGUUCAUAUUUGCCACACGUAGUGUACUCAGGGAUUUUGCGUGCGUUCUGGGUGCCCAGUCAUUUUUACUUGAUGUGUUUCCAUGCAAAAGGUAUUCUGGGUAUCCUUCCCUGCCAAAGAUCUGUUGGAUGUGCCAUACACUUAUGCUCAAUGAACUACUUAGGGCUGAUGGCCUGAUAUAUUUUUGUGGCGUUUCGAAGUAUUAACUUAAAACUUUGUGGUGCUAUGAGAAAAGUGAUUUGAGCUUUUCAUGACCUGCAAUGUUCUUCAGUCAAGGUCAGCUACAUUUGUAUGUGAUCAUGCUACAGACAAAGCACUAGUCACAUAUGUACAAUUUUAGUUUUUAUUGCAGAGCGCUUUUAUUUGCCAUUAUUUGAUAAUUUGCAGUUGUACCUGCUUAGCUUGUUUUGUGCUAUCAUAUAGCACAAUGCAUUGUAAUACACAUUGAAUAAAAGCAUUGUCAUUCAACA